AUGUCUUCUCCAUUUCCCUUUAGCAACACCUCAAACUUUGUUGAUCUUUUACAAAGUCAACAAGAGAGUGUGUCACCUUACCCAAAUCCAUACCCUUCCUUCGAAAACCAUGCCUUCGGUACCCAAGCUUCCACCGAAGAAGUAGAAGAGGUUGGAGUGACUAGCAAGGUGAUUAGACGACCGUGGAGUCCUGCGGAAGAUACCCUCCUCAUCAGCUCGUGGUUGAACACCUCGAAGGACCCGGUUGUAGGAAAUGAACAGAAAAGUGGCACUUUUUGGAGUCGCAUUGCUUUGUACUUUGCGGCGAAUCAAAAGGGAGGAGAAAUCCGAGAGUCUGGGCAGUGCAAACAAAGAUGGCACAAGAUUAAUGAUCUUGUGAGCAAAUUCUGUGGGGCUUAUGAGGCUGCAACAAGAGAAAGAACAAGCGGUCAAAACGAAAAUGACAUUCUCAAAAAUGCUCAUGCUAUUUUCUUCAAUCUCCAUAAGAAGAAAUUCACUCUCGAAUACGCUUGGAAGGAACUGAAGAACGACCAAAAAUGGUGUGAUUUGUCAACCAGUAAAACCGAUGGCAGCUGUAAAAGGAGGAAGACCGAGGAUGCCAAUGCAGAGGGAAAUGGAGAUGGAAACAAUACUUGUUUUGCUACUCAGUCAACUCCCAGGCCUCCUGGUGUUAAAGCCGCAAAGGCUAAAGGCAAGAAGAUGGACGUGGUGGAGGCUGUUAACGUCUUUGGCAAUAUGUGGAAUAUGAAAAAAGAAGAGAUGACUAUGAAAAAAGAAACCCAAAAGAUGGCUCUUCUUGAUUCCCUUAUUGCGAAGGGACACCUCUCUAAACCGAAGAAGCUCUGA